CGGCGCUGGGCCAGCCAAUCAAUCGUAGUCGGAAAGCUAACCGAAGCGGACGCUGGGAUCCGGGACUGGGAAUCUGUGGUUAGAAUAAGUUGAACCAAAGUAGUGUGUACUUCUUUUAGUCAGGGGGAGUGUGUAAUUACACUAAAAAUGCACGCUUUCGCCAAGGUAUUAGCCGUUCUAUCCGUGGUUGCCCUGGUGGCGGCCGAGGUUUACUUCGAGGAGAACUUCAAAGAUGACUCCUGGGAGAAGAAUUGGGUUCAGAGCGAGCACAAGGGAGUAGAGUACGGAAAAUUCGUACAAACGGCAGGAAAGUUCUUCAACGAUGAGGAAAACGACAAAGGUCUGCAAACGUCCCAGGACGCCCGCUUCUACGCCCUGUCGGCCAAGUUCAAGCCCUUCUCGAACAAGGACGACACCCUGGUGAUCCAGUUCUCGGUCAAGCACGAGCAGAACAUCGACUGCGGCGGUGGCUACCUGAAGGUGUUCGACUGCAGCGUAAACCAGAAGGACCUGCACGGCGAUUCGCCCUAUCUGGUGAUGUUCGGUCCGGAUAUCUGCGGCCCCGGCACCAAGAAGGUGCACGUCAUCUUCAGCUACAAGGGGAAGAACCACCUGAUCAACAAGGAUAUCCGCUGCAAGGAUGAUGUGUACACGCACUUCUACACGCUGAUUGUGAAGUCGGACAACUCGUACGAGGUGCUGAUCGACAACGAGAAGGUUGAGUUCGGUUCGCUGGAGGAAGACUGGGACUUCCUGCCGCCGAAAAAGAUCAAGGAUCCAGAGGCGAAGAAGCCAGAGGAUUGGGAUGAUCGUGCUACCAUCGCCGAUCCGGAUGACACCAAGCCAGAGGACUGGGACAAACCAGAGCACAUUCCUGACCCAGACGCAACCAAGCCUGACGAUUGGGAUGAUGAGAUGGAUGGCGAAUGGGAACCACCAAUGAUUGACAACCCUGAGUACAAGGGAGAAUGGAAGCCGAAGCAGAUUGACAACCCAAGCUACAAGGGUGUCUGGGUGCAUCCCGAAAUCGAUAACCCAGAGUACGUCGAAGACAGCAAUCUGUACCUGCGUGAAGAGGUUUGUGCCGUCGGUCUGGACCUGUGGCAAGUUAAGGCUGGUACCAUUUUUGACAAUUUCCUCAUCACCAACGAUGUUGAAACCGCCGAGAAGGCUGCUGCCGUCUUCAAAGAGACCCAGGAGGGCGAGAAGAAGAUAAAGGAAGCCCAGGAGGCUGAAGAGCGUAAGAAGGCCGAGGAAGAAGCCAAGGCUGCUGAGGACGCCAAGGAUGACGAAGAUCUGGAUGAUGAUGAAGAUGAGGACAGCACUGCGGGAGAGGCGAAUGCUGAAGCCGAUGAAGAUGGCCACGAUGAGCUGUAAGAGCCGUGUCCAACGGAUCUCUCGGGAUGUGCAUUUAAAACAACCACCCUAAAUUAUUUGUCCAAUCUUCCGCAAGACCCUUGUUUUCUUUAGCAUGUUUUCUUUUUUGUUUUUUUUCUGUUGUGCAGCAGUAAGACUAUGUUCAAAUAGUCUCUGUACAAGUCGAGACAAGGUCAACAGCAAUUUUUGCAAAAAGAUAACUUGAUAAACACACACGCAUCCAGAACCCAAAAGAAGAAGAUAAAACCGAGGCGACAAAUGAAAAAAAAAACCUUAUAAGUCUGACUAAUCGUUUUAAAAUAUGAAUGCUGUGUUUAUUGAUAGUGACCGUAGACGAAAAUCGAAGGGCACAUAACGACGGUUAGCACCAGCGAUUUUUUAUGCCGGCGCCGCCGAGAAGAGAGAGCAGACAGAAGAAGAGAACCAAACACACAUUUCUCUUUGUGAUUGCGAAUGAAUGAAUCAUGAUUCAGGUGUAUGAUUAUGUGCGUGUAUAUAAGUUUUUUUCUCUGUUUAAUUCAAAUUGAAUUACUUUUAGAAGCAUAAGAAGGGGAAAAAUCUGAAUAAAAUCGUUUGAAAAAAAAAUU